AUGGUGGGCUCUGGUCUCCUGUGGUUGGCCUCAGUCUCCUGCAUUCUGAUGUUGGUAUUGGCAGAGCAACAAGGUUUGAGAACUACCGCCAACGCCAGUUCUUAUGAACUGGGCUUGGAGUGUGGGGCUCCUGGCACCCCAGAGGCCCACGUCUGUUUUGACCCUUGUCAAAAAUACACACAAUUGGACGACCCCUCCAGAAGCAUAGAGAACACAGAAACUAAUGGGCAGCUAUGUGAUCGGAACCUUCAAGGCUGGUACCGCUUUGUGGGUGAAGGGGGAGUUCAGAUGCCAGAGACCUGUGUCCCAAUGUUCCGGUGCCAGACAGCUGCUCCCCUGUGGCUGAGCGGGACCCACCCUUCCAAUGAGGAAGGCAUUGUCAACCGCACUGCUUGUGCCCACUGGAGUGAAAACUGCUGCCUUUGGGAAAAGGAGGUGUUGGUGAAGGCCUGCCCUGGCGGGUACUAUGUGUACCGAUUGGAGGAUACGCCCGACUGUGAUCUGAGAUAUUGCACAGACCCCACCACUGUGAAGGACAAGUGUGACAGGCCCUGCCGUCCUGAGGAGGAGUGCCGCUCCGUCGAUGGUGUCUGGGACUGCUUCUGCAAGCAGGACCUCAAUAGCUCUGAUGUCCACAGUUUGCAGCCUCAGCUGGACUGUGGGCCCACAGAGAUCAAGGUGUCCCUGGACAAGUGUCGGCUGGAAGCCCUGGGCUUUGGGGAGCAGGUCAUUGCAUACCUGCAGGAUUUGAAUUGCAGCAGCACCACAAAGCCGGAGGAGAGGAACUGGGUCUCCAUAGUCAGCCCCGUCCAGGCAGGUGCCUGUGGAAACACCUUGGAGAGAAAUCAAACCCAUGCCAUCUACAAAAACAUGUUCUCCUUAGUCGACGAUUUCAUCAUCAGAGACACCAUCCUCAACAUCAACUUCCAGUGUGCCUACCCGCUGGACAUGAAAGUCAGCCUUGAGAUGGCGCUGCAGCCCAUAGUAAGUUCCCUGAACAUCAGUGUGGGUGGAGAAGGAGAGUUCACUGUAAGGAUGGCCCUUUUCCAAGACCAGAACUACACAUCUCCUUACGAAGGGGAUGCAGCUGUGCUCUCUGUUGAAUCUAUGCUCUACGUGGGCGCCAUCUUGGAAAGAGGAGAUACCUCCAGGUUUAACCUGCUGUUGAAGAACUGCUAUGCGACACCCACUAAGGACAGGACUGACCCUGUGAAAUAUUUCAUCAUUAGAAACAGCUGCCCCAAUCUAAAGGAUUCCACUAUCCACGUGGAAGAGAAUGGGAUGUCCUCGGAAAGCCGGUUCUCCGUUCAGAUGUUCAUGUUUGCUGGAAAUUAUGACCUAGUUUUCCUGCAUUGUGAGGUCCAUCUCUGUGACUUCCUUUCUGAGGAGUGCCAGCCGUCUUGCUCGAGAAGUAGACUCCGCAGUGAUGGAGUGGCCAUUGAUCCAGCCCACGUUCUAGAUUUGGGACCUAUCACUCGGAAAGGUGCCCAGUCUCUCGGUGUCCUGAGUGGAGCUCCUAGCGUUUCAGGGUUCCUGUUGACCUGGCCAGUGCUUCUUCUGCCUGUCCUACUGACUUGGCUGUUCUGA